UGGGUGAGCUCCUCAGUGUGAGACAAGACCCACCAGUGGAUCCAGAUUCGCUGGGUGUCCUCCACCUCGGGUCUUGUGGGACACAUAGUGAGCGGCCUCAUGCUCAGUGGCACAUCCCUGAUAACUGUGUUCAGUGCGGGGGGUGGAGGGGCCAACAGGGAUACGGACCGAUCCUGAAUCAGGAUGGGGCGAUUGAAGAAGUGCAUGAAGAGCAUGGUGUCAGCGAAGGUCAGGGCGUAUGUGGCGGACUACUGCAAGAGGAACGGCCUCCUGACGCUGUCGGUCUUUGCUGUGGUGACAGGCUGUGUGCUAGGAUUUGUCCUGAGGUCACUCAACCUGUCCACACAGGCCAAGAUCUACUUCUCCUUUCCUGGUGAGCUGCUGAUGAGGAUGUUAAAAAUGUUGAUUCUGCCGCUCAUCACGUCCAGUCUUAUGUCCGGCUUGUCAGCCAUGGACACAAAGGUGAGCGGCCGUUUGGGUGUCCUGACCAUCACCUACUACCUGUGGACGACCUUCAUCGCGGUCAUCGUUGGCAUCGUGCUGGUGCUCAUUGUCCACCCAGGGACGGGCUCAGAGAAAGAGGGUCACCUCGCAAGUUCGGGGCCUGUCAUGACUUCUGCUGAUGCUCUGCUCGACCUCAUCAGAAACAUGAUCCCGUCAAACCUAAUCGAAGCAACCUUUCAGCAGUACCGGACAGACUUGGUUCCCAUCGUGCAAAACUCUGAUUUCAAAGAGUCUCAGGUCAACUAUGUGUACGUCAUGCCGGACUACCACAACCCUCGCCUGGGCCACCCCGUCUUCCUGGAGAUCACGCCCGCGCCAGACGUCAAGUACAAGAUCGUCCCCAGCACGAGCAAAGGCAUGAAUGUGCUGGGGAUUGUCAUCUUCUCGGCCACCAUGGGUCUGCUGUUGGGGAAGAUGGGAGAACGUGGCGCGCCGCUGGUCAACGUGUGCCAGUGCAUCAACGAGUGCGUCAUGAAGAUCAUCAACGCAGCCAUGUGGUACUUCCCCUUCGGCAUUGUGUUCCUUGUGGCUGGUAAAGUUCUGGACAUGCACGACCCAGCUCACCUGGGAGAGAUGCUGGGCAUGUACUUCAUCACGGUGCUGUCCGGUCUGUUUGUGCACGGCCUCAUCCUGCUGCCUCUCUUCUUCUACUUCUUCACUCGCAAAAACCCCUUCCCCUACAUAAGAGGGCUGCUGCAGGCUCUUGUCAUCGCAUUGGCCACAUCAUCCAGCUCGGCCACUUUGCCGAUCACCAUGAAGUGUCUCCUGGAGAACUGCGGCGUGGACCGACAGAUCGCUCGCUUCGUGCUGCCAGUGGGAGCGACCAUCAACAUGGACGGGACGGCGCUGUACGAGGCCGUGGCGGCCAUCUUCAUCGCACAGGUCAAUGAGUACGACUUGGACUUUGGCCAGCUGGUCACCAUCAGCAUCACAGCGACAGCUGCUAGCAUCGGGGCCGCCGGGAUACCUCAAGCGGGUUUGGUUACCAUGGUGAUUGUUCUGACCUCUGUGGGGUUACCGCCUGCCGACAUUUCACUGAUUGUGGCCAUCGACUGGGUUCUCGACCGCUUCCGGACCAUGAUCAAUGUUCUCGGCGACGCUUUAGCCGCUGGGAUUAUGGCUCAUCUUUGCAGGGAAGAUUUUGAGAAAGCAGCCGCUGCCGCCGCAGCUGCUGCCACCACCACGGCCACCAAUAAUGGAGGAGGUCCCAAACGGAGAGACACAGUGAUCUCCUUUGGCAAUCAGAGCGUGGCGCUGUCCGACACACCUCUGAUCACACAGCGGUGCGACUACGUGUACGAGGUGGACGGAGACAACGUGCUGGAGAAGCCCCUGGCCUGCUACAACCUCUGCCAUGUCUGAGACACUGCCUUCAACUGUGACCGGCAUCCAAGGUCCAGUCCAGGUGACCAAAGGGAGAAAAGAAUUGCUGAUUCUGUCUGUGCCACGCCCUUACUGCGCUUUGGAGUGGGUGGCAGGAAGCGUCAGGAAAUGUCACGCAGACACUGGUUAUUGUACGGAUGCACGCCUCUGCAGACACUGUAACGCGCCGCAGUACCACGCAUUAGGGUUAGUGUGUAUUGGUUGCAGGUUUUGAGUUGCCUUAACCUGAUCUCAGUUGUCAAAACAAGUGCUGAGAACCUGAGAGACUUGAAAGUAAGCAGAACGCGAUCAUCGAAAACACAGCAUGCUCAUUCACAAUUAGAUCUUUAUGGAUAUACAGUAUAUAUAUAUUAAAGCAGCAUUCACAAACAUAUUUACAGUACUACAGUACUACAAAGAGGUUAUAUUGAGAGCAUUACCUGUUUGUUUUUGUUUUUUCUUUUUUUAUACAUGAUGCUAUUCAUUUUGUAAUAAAAACCGACCGCACUCAAGAGUUCUGUCGAGUCUCGUUUUCAUUUCAUAACUAAAUAUGGUUUUAGAGGUUUGUUGAGUCUUGACACAGUAUGUAUUUCUACCAAAUUAAUUGGAUGAGAGCCCCGUGAAAGGGUCACAAGACACAGAGGACGUUUGUGAAUCAGUCAGUUAAAGGAAU